CAGAGACCAGAUCCCAUCCAGAUGUAGAAAUGUUCACAGUGAUUAACUGACAUCCACUGUUUCUCAUGUAUGUGAUCGACCUGCUGAUUGAACAGAGACAAAAGGAGAAGCUAUGAGUUCAACAGCAGCAGCGAGUGGAUUUGUUGCCUUCCUUCUCUCUGUACAAGUGGUACAGGGUACGAAUGACUGGGGAGUGACUUACACCUCUACUGAGAUCUGUGCCUCAAAAGGAUCAACUGUGGAAUUACCCUGCACGUACAAAUACCCAUCCAGACAAAAAACACGAUAUACCACAGUUACAAAUCAACUCUGGUUUACUGAAUUUAAUGGAUAUGUACAUGUGGAUCUGAGAACAGACCCACAGUAUUCAGGUCGUGUGGAGUACAGUGAUGAUAAGAAGGACUGCACUCUGACAAUCACAGACGUGAGAGAGAGCGACUCAGCUGAGUACAAGUUCAGGUUCAUAACAAACCACGAUGGUGGAAGCUAUACUGGUUCACCUGGAGUCACUUUGUGGGUCACAGAUCCAGGUCUCCAGGUGAAGGUGAGAGAAUCUCCAUAUCGUGACCAGAUUGAGUGUCACAUUAUUUGUCAUCGACCUGAUCAUCCUUCCUACAUCUGGUACAAAAAUGGACAGAAAAUUCCAGCAGCAACAUCUUCUUCUUCUUAUUAUUAUUCAGACUCCUUUAGUUCUGCAGACAGUUACUCCUGUGCUGUCGCAGGACAUGAGGAUUCCCCCUCUCCUUCAGUGUGUGUCGUUGGUCAAUCCUGCAACAGAGUGACGUACACCCACAGAGGCAUCUGUGUCUUCAGAGGCUCAUCAGUGGACAUUUCCUGCACGUACAGCAGUAAUGGAUACGAUGUUGAUUCAAAAUUCUGGUUCAGUCCUGAACGUAGCCGUCAGUGGCUGAAUCCAUCACAGCCUGAGGACCUCGGAGGAGACUCCCAGUAUGACGGUCGUGUUCAGGUGAUCACAGAGAGAGGACGCUCCACUCUGAGAAUCACUGACCUGACAGAGAGUGAUUCAGCUCAGUAUCGCUUCAAAUUCAGAACAGGAAGCUUUGAAUGGACGAGUAGUUUACCUGGAACAACUCUGACUGUCACAGCUCUGCAGGUGCAGGUGACCAGAAUAAAAGUCUACCAGUCUUACACUGAGGCAGAGCUGAAGUGUCACAGCAGCUGCGGUCCAGCUGGUCGUUCUUCCUGGUUCAAGAAUGGAGAGGAAAUCACAGGGGUGCAGAUGUCCUCUUAUAAAGGCGUCUUUUAUCCUGGAGACAUCAUCUCUUGUGCUUUGAAAGGACAUGAAACUUACGUCUCUCCCUCAGUGUAUGCUCCAAAGCCUCCCUCUGUGUCAGUGAGUCACGCUGGUAAAAUCAUGGAGGGCAGUUCAGUGACUCUGACCUGCAGCAGUGAUGCUAACCCAGCAGCUAGUUACACCUGGUACAAGGAGAAUGUGAACCUCAAAGCCGUCAGAGAAGAAGCACAGCUUGUCUUCAGGUCCAUCCAGUCCUCUGACUCUGGAGAGUAUUACUGUGCAGCUGAGAACGAGCUGGGGAGGAGAACAUCUAAAAACAUCUCUAUUGAAGUGACGUAUGCUCCAAAGCUUCCCUCUGUGUUGGUGAGUCCCUCUGGUGAGAUAGAGGAAGGCAGUUCAGUGACUCUGAGCUGCAGCAGUGAUGCUAACCCAGCAGCUAAAUACACCUGGUACAAGAUGAACCAAACACUGACUCCUGGAGACACGUAUCAUUUCACCUCUAUCACCUUGGAGGACAGCGGGAUCUACCACUGCAAGUCUGAGAAUGAGUAUGGCCAGAUCACCUCCAACCCUGUACACAUAGAUGUCCAGUAUGCUCCAAAGCUUCCCUCUGUGUCAGUGAGUCCCUCUGGUGAGAUAAAGGAAGGCAGCUCAGUGACUCUGACUUGCAGCAGUGAUGCUAACCCAGCAGCUAAUUAUACCUGGUACAGGGAGAAUGAAGACUCGACAAAAGCAUCAGGACAAAUCUUCAUCAUCACUGACUUCAGAGCUGAACACAGUGGGAAUUAUUACUGUGAAGCCCAGAGCAAAAGAGGACGUCGUAACUCCACCUUGUAUCUGCUUGCUGUGGCAGGGAAAUCAACAAUGAUGAUAAAUAUCAUCAGGUUGACUCUGGUGGUUGUGGGGCCGACUCUUCUGCUUCUGUUCUGUCUGUGGAUGAGGAAGAAGAAAACUCUGAGCUCCACCACUGAAACACAUGAACCCAUAGAGACUAUGGAGAUUCCAUUGGAGGCCUUCAACGCUCAUCUUGUUGUCUGUCCCCAUCAGCUGGAGUCUGAUCCUGAUUAUACCAACGUCUCAGCCUUAAACAGCAGAAGAAGAAGCACAAGCAUGUAGCAGAAGAUUGGAGAAUGCAAGCUUUAUUUGUACCUGCGCAGGUACAUUACAUAUGUUAAGUGUUAAGGAUUGUAAAAUCAAAUUUUAGAUGUUAAUGUCACACAGUACUUUUAAGAAAUACUGUCAUAUCGCACUUGUCCUGACAGAGAAGGCCAAUAAAGUCUGUUCAAAACAGUGUUAAACUGAAGGCACAAUAUCUCACAGCAUGUAUAUAUUUCAAUACAGUGAACUCCAACAUGAGCCCAGCUCUAUCUCACUUUGCUAGUUGUCAACAUUUUUCAAGUACUGCAGUGGCUGAUUGACAGCAACUCAGUUCCACAGCAACUCUGUAGUUUGGGUAUCAUUAGUUCCCUGUCACUGCUGCAGGGGGCGACAGUGUGCAGAACAUUUCAGCUGUUAACAAACUCUUUGUGUGCUUAUUAUUCAGAAUAAAGUUUGUAUUGAUCAGAAAUGAAGUCAACUACAACCUGAAUCAUUUUUUUUCCAAUAAGACAUUUGCAUUGGAGACUGGAGGUAAAUAUUGGCAGGUCACUCGCACAGCUUCAACAAUAAAUGUGAACAUGUUUAAAUGCAGUACGAGGAAAUGUGACU